AUGCAGUACAAUGUGACGGUCACGGGCAUUAGCAAUGAUGGCAAGCGGACGCCCGGUCUGAACCAGCUCCAGCUGACCACUCCGACUGAUGUUAGCAUCUGGCUCACAGAGGCUAAAGCAACGGGCCCAACCACCGGCACUACCACUGCUUCUUCACCAUCUGGUGCCUUCACCAAGUACAAUGUCACCGUGGAGGGCAUCACCAAGACGGGAAAGCGGAAGCCAGGCUUAAACAUGCUGCAGUUCACCACGCCAAUUAGUGUUCACCUUGAAUCGGCGGAUGUCACAAGUGCCACCACCGGCACCACCACAGCCAGCAGCAUUCCUGGCAAUGCCUUCACUCAGUACGUGUUCACGCUGAAGAAAGUGGGAUGCCCCACCUGCAAGCCCCUCACCUUCACGAGCCGCAACGUCACUGCCAAGCUGAUUGGGCUUGAGCCUGGUGCCACGUACAACGUCACUGUGACGGGCAUCACCACGACGGGGCAGCGAGUCUUGGGGGACAACUGGCUGCCGCUGAAGAUGCCGGCUGGGUUGCUGCUCACCAAGGCCAAGGCAACUGGAUACACCACUGGGGUUACCACAGCUCGGUCUCUGCCUGGCGACAUCUUCACCAAGUAUGUGUUCACCGUGGUGAAAGCAAACUGCACCGUCCCACCAUGCGCGACGCUGACCUUCCCAAGCAGGACACCACUUGCCCAACUGACUGGGCUGGAACCUGGGACCAAGUACAAUGUCACUGUGGUGGGAGUCACGAAGACGGGGCAGCGGACCAAGGGCUCCAACAUGAUGCAGUUCACCACACCUGCACCUGCUGUGCGCCUGACAACCGCGUUGAGCGCGACGAGGGGCACUGCCAAUGCCACUGCGCUGCCGAACGGCUACUUUGCCAAGUACAUCUUUACGGUGAAGAAAGCCAACUGCCCAACCUGCCCAGUCUUGGUGUUCAACAGCACCACGACUACGGGCAUCUUCCCAGGGCUGACCCCCGACACCCUGUACAAUGUCACAGUGGUGGGCGUGGACAAGAGCGGCCGGAUAACCAAGGGCGGCAACAUGCUGCAAUUCAAGACGCCCAAGACCGAUGCCUUGCGUGCUCCUCCGCCCAGGCGCUCGCCAAAGCCUCCCCCACCCAAGCGGCCACCUCCCCCGCCCUCACCCACAAUCAAGCUGAUCUUCGCCAAUGCCACCAACUCUAGGAGGGGGCGUGCCAUCGCUGAGCCGUCUCGAGCUGGCAUCUUUGUGAAGUACAUCUUCACUGUGAAGAGAGCCAACUGUCCCACCUGCCCGCCGCUGGUUUUCAACAGCAGCACCGUCAAUGGUGACUUUCCAGGCCUAACAAAGGGCACCCUUUACAACGUCACCGUGGUCGGCGUGGACAAGAACGGACGCAUCACCAAGGGUAGCAACAUGCUGCAGGAGCCCUCCAUCAACUCCACCGAGCCGGUCAACUCGACCAGUGGCAUCGUGGACAUCAUCCCCCCCGGCAACCUGCAAUGCGUGUCAUUCAAGCUCCACCUCGUGACUGUGAUUUGCGUGCUUGCCAACGGCACCGAGGUUUCGUAUCCUAGUGGGAGCAAGCUGACCACCCCGCCUGCGCUGAGCCUGACCUCCGCCAGCGCCACCAGCUUCAACAGCGGCACGGCCACGGCUGACCCAGACCCAAAUAACGCAUUUGUCAAGUACACCUUCACGCUGGUGGAGGCGUCCUGCACGUCCAACUGCCAGCUGCUGAAGUUCAACAGCACCAGCGUUGUGGGCACCUUCACCGGGUUGAAACACAGCACCAAGUACAAUGUGACUGUUGUGGGCACUAGCAGCAAUGGGACCAUCACGCAAGGGAGCAACAUGAAGGACUUCACCACUCCCUCGCCUCCCCCGCCUCCUGCCCCUGACACCUCUGUCAUCAACUCCACUGAGGCCGUGAAUGGCACCAGCGGCAUUGUGGACUUUGUCCCCCCUGGCAACCUGCAAUGUGCAUCGUGCCAGGUGAAUGGCCUGUCGCCCGGUGUCAAGUACAGCGUGACCGUGAUCUGUGUUGGCGCUGAUGGCAGCAAGACUGAGGCCCCUGGCACGGGCACACUGACCACUCCUCCCGAGCUGAGCCUGACCUCUGCCAGCGCCACCAGCUUCAAUAGCGGCACCGCCACAGCGGAUCCAGAGCCAGAUGCCGCGUUUGUGCUGUACACGUUCACGCUGGUGGAGGCGUCCUGCACAUCCAACUGCCAGCUGCUGAAUUUUACCAGCAGCACCACUACGGGCAUCUUCACUGGGUUGAAACACAGCACCAAGUACAAUGUGACGGUGAAAGGUACGGACAGCAAUGGGACCACCACACAAGGGAGCAACAUGAAGGACUUCACCACCCCCGCGCCUCCCCCGCCUCCCCCUCCACCUCCACCUGGUCAACCCUUCGUGAACAGCUCGGAGUUUGCUAACGCCACCAGCGGCACCGUGGACAUCAUCCCAGGCACCAACCUGCAAUGCCAGGGGUACAAGCUGCGGCUCUGCCCUGUCAGGCCUCCUACCAACGACUCCUGCAUUACUGCCCCGUGCAACGGCACCAAGUGCGCGGUCACUGGCCUCAAGCCCGGCACCACCUACAACGUGACCGUGAUUUGUGUUGACGCCAAUGGUAAUGAGAUUCCAUCAAGCAGCACAAGCACGCUCACCUCCUCCCCUGAAAUCACUCUGGUCUCCGUCAACGCCACCAGCCCAUACACUGGCAAAGCUCAAGCGGUCCCACAGCCAAACGACACCUUUGUGGAGUACAUCUUCACGGUGGUGGAUCUAAACUGCACCUCCAACUGCGCGCCGCGCAUCUUCAACAGCAGCAUACCCAGCGUCAACUUCACGGGCCUGACGCCCGGUACCACGUACAACGUAACGGUUGUGGGGAAGGACAGCAACGGUACCAGCACAGCAGGAAACAACACGCUGCAGUUCACCACCCCGGCAGCGCCGCCGCCUCCCGCGCCCUUCAGCCUGCCCUCCAUCAACUCCAGCGACCCCAUCAACUCCACCACUGGUGUUGUGGACAUCACCCCACCCUCCACCCUCAACUGCUCGUCCUACAUCCUCCAGCUGUGCUCCAACGGCACCUGCUUCAACGCCACGUGCCCCGCCACCCACUGCACGGUGGUGAACCUGACGGCAGGCACCACCUACAACAUCAGCGCCUGGUGUGUGGGCAGCGACGGCGGCGAGACGCCGACGGACAACACGGGCACGCUGACCACCCCUCCCACCCUGGAGCUGAAGACAGCCGAUGCCACCAGCCCCUUCACGGGCAACGCGUCUGCCACCCCGUCUCCCAACAACAAGUUUGUGGAGUACAUCUUCACGGUGGUGGAGGCAGGGUGCACGUCCAGCUGCGUGCCGCGCGAGUUCAACAGCACCACCCCGAACGUGGACUUCACAGGCCUGCUUCCGGGCACCACGUACAACGUGACGGUGAUUGGCAGGGAUGACCAGGGGAAGAACACCACGGGCAGCAACAUGCUGCAGUUCACCACCCCGGCAGCGCCGCCGCCUCCCGCGCCCUUCAGCCUGCCCUUCAUCAACUCCAGCACCUCCAGCAACUCCACCAGCGGCGUGGUGGACAUCACCCCGCCCACCACACAGCUCAACUGCACGGAGUACAAGGUGCAGCUGUGCACCAACGGCGCCUGCUUCAACACCACGUGCCCAAGCCGGUGCCCUGUGGACGGCCUGACGCCUGGCACCACCUACAAUGUGACCGCGGUGUGCUUGGAUUCCAUUAUGGGCGAGGUGCCGGCAUCCAACACGGGCACGCUGACCACUCCUCCCACGCUUGCGCUGGCAUCGGCCAAUGCCACCAGCCCAUACACGGGCAGCGCCAAUGCCACCCCAUCUGGAAACAAUCCAUUUGUGUCGUACAACUUCACGGUGGUGGAGGCAGGGUGCACGGUCAACUGCACGGUGCUGGUGUUCACCAGCAGCACCCCCGAGGUCAACCUCACAGGGUUGCAGCCCGGCACCACGUAUAACGUGACGGUUGUGGGCGUGGAUCCGAAUGGCACCGUGACUCCCGGGAGCAACGUGGGGCAGUUCACCACUCCUGCCACCUUGGAGCUGACGUCCGCUAAUGCCACCAGCCCCUGGACGGGCGUCUCCUCUGCCAAGCCGUCUGACAAUAAUCCGUUUGUGUCGUACAACUUCACGGUGGUGGAGGCAGGGUGCACGGUCAACUGCACGGUGCUGGUGUUCACCAGCAGCACCCCCGAUGUCAACCUCACCGACCUGCUGCCCGGCACCCUGUACAAUGUGACGGUUGUGGGCGUGGAUGCGAAUGGCACCGUGACUCCAGGGAGCAACGUGCUCCAGUUCACCACUCCUCCUCUGCUGGUUGUUCUUACUACUGCCAAUGCCACCAGCACAACUGAUGGCAAUGCCUCGGCCUCAACUCCAGCAGGCGGGAACUUCACGCAGUACGAAGUCACGGUGUGGGGGCUGAAGGAUUACGGCGCCGUCAUCCAAGGCAACAACACCUUGCGGUUCACAACGCCGGCAUAG